GAUGACCACCAUGUCUCCGCACUCGUUUUGCUACCAAGCAUAUACUCCGGGCAGCGGGACAGCCUGGAAACACUACAGUGUAGCAGAGUUUCGAUACAAGACAGCGGCUUCUCAUCAAAUAUAGACGGCAUAGUGGUCCGAGCGUGGGUUCGUUGCAAAGGGUCCUCCGCCAGCUACGUAUCACAAAGACACGCACUACUAUAUACUCAGCACAAGCCCCUUUUAGCAAAUAACACACGACUCUUAGUCUGCAUGAAGUAGCGCAAGCCAAUAUAUAAUGGCGUCCCUUUCUUACACAGUCGUCCUCUCGUUAUCGCCUUAUACAGUGGUUGCUACGGUACUGCGUAGUAGACGCUGUCAGAUUAGACGUCCUCUUCUUCUCACAAUAAGACGCACAUCAGCGCUUGACAAUUCCUCAUGGCCUCGACUUUUCACCCCAUUCGAUUUGGCUUUAAAGCCACAAUCAUUUCUUCCUUUUUAGUACUGGGACAUACAUUGUUGGUUGCCUCUGCUCAUAACUCUACAGUGAAUUCCGCUAAUCCUGCUCUACCUGGGGCGCUAUCCAGUCUCUCUGCUCUCAUCUUCCUCACUCUUCUUUGGCAAUGUUUCACCUUGUUAGAAAGUUCAGACCUGAACACGUACUAUUCUUUCUUCUUUGAUGGAGUAGUUCGUCAGGACAAGGGAGUUCUGUUUGGCUUGACGUUCGUGGAGACAGUGUGUGGGCUCCUAGCGCUUAUUGCGUGGUUUGUGCUGCGUGAAGAGGCAGAAAUUGUCUUGACAGCUUUUUCAGAUAUACAGGAAAGCGCACUGAUUAGCUUGACAUACAAUCUUGGCACGUACGCUCUUCUUUUUCUCAACAUCUACACUAUGCUGUCAAUGGGGAUGCACGUACGAAAGACGGGAGUGGGAGAACUGAUGACCAAAAACUUCUGGUUAGGUCGGAUGAGCUGGUGGGAAGGAAGAAUCGAGAUUGAACAUGAUGAAUUUGAAAAAGCGUAAUGAUGUAUAUCGUCCAUUUAUUUUUUCGGUACUUCUUCAUAGGCAAUAAUUUAUCAUACAAGACAUCCAUGCUUAUACACCCCCUCA